CAAAAAAGUUGAAAGUCAUCAAAUUUCUGGCCAUGGACGUUUUUUGGAGAUUUUUUUUGCAAAUUUUUGCCCUGAUAUCUCUCACAAAAGUACCUUUAAGGGGAAUUAUAUUUGAAAAUGUGGCUUAGUAGCUUGUUAUGCUUGAAUUUUCGAGAAGAAUCGAGACUUUUCUAAAUUGGAUUUUGUUGAAAGCCAGCCAAGAAAGAAAAUUUAUUUCAUAAAAAUUCAUAGUGAAUGAUAGUUGGAAAGUGUAAAAAUCGAUUUUUCCCCAUUUCUUAUCUGUGUGUGUGUGUAUGUGCAUUGGUUUGUGUGUGGGAAUGAACGAACGAAUAUAGAUUUUCCUGUAUCUGCUGCUGCUGCUGUCCCAUCGUGGUAUUGUGUGCUUUUUUGUAGCUGCGUACAUUAGCAUCCGUAUUCGUUCCAAAAGUUCUCUUGCUCGCGCUCUCUCUUUCACUUUCUCAUUCUCAUUCUCCCUCUCUGUCACUCUGUUUGCUACCAUAGCUGUUUUGCUUACUUUUGGCUCUGCUAUCAAAGUAGCGGUAUAUUGUUUUGUUUGUUGUUGGUAUGACACACUUCGUGUCAUCUGAGCCUGUGACGUUAGCCUAACGAAGCCAAAGGCAACGGCAAUGUUGUUGGUGGUGUUGUUAAAGGCAAGCAAGGUCUUUGUGCUUUGGUGUGAGUAAAUCAGUGUGGUGUGAGAAACACAUGUUUAAGUAAUAAAAGAGAUCCACCAUACAUGGUGAAUUCUAAGAGGUGAGUCUAUUGUUUAUCAAUCUUCAUAGCCUUAGAGAAGAGCGAAGAGAGAAACUUGAAGAGAGGCAGAGUGCGAGGGGAAUGAAAGGAGUAGAAAAAAAAAAUCAAAAGCAAGCAGAAACGAAGAUUAUUGGUUUGGCAGGGUGCAUGCAUGUGUGUAACGGUAUUUAUGACCGUUUUCGAUGUCUCCUCAAUUAGAGAAUGCUUAAGUUACCCAAAGGUUUAAAAAAGAAAAAGAAGAAGUCCAAAAAGGAUCAAGAGCUUUUCACCGAAGAGGAGCUAGCAGAGUACAAGCGCCAACUAAAGGCCAAGCAGGAAGCUGCUGCUGCUAAAUCAGAUGCUGGUGAAUCCGAUGCAGCAUCCGAUGUUGAAGGUUUAGCACCAACAGCUACAACAUCACAUACUGCUUCGACCUCUGAGUUUGCGCAAGCCAACGCUGCACCAGCAGCUGCUACCAGCACCAACGCCGCCGGAAAUAGCAAUCAGGACGAAGCUGCCGCAUCGAACGGUUCUCAGGCUGCACAGAAAACUGAAGACGACGAAUGGGCCAAAUUUAAGGCUCUUACCUCCAAGGUUGACACUGUUCUACACAAGACCCAGGACGAAUUAGAUCACAUCAAGAAGGAAUCCUUCUAUCAGCGUCUUCCCUCGGCUGCCGAAAAGAAACGCCAAGAGGAGGAGGAGGCCGCUAAACGCGAGGCCGAGCGCCUAGAGCAGGAGAAACGCAAGGCAGCUGAAUUAGAAGCCCAAAGGGAUAAACUAGCCGAAGCUCUAGUUGAACUCUCCGAUUCAGAAGCCGAAGACGAGGCCGAAGUCGAUGAUAUAUUCGUUACCGAAUACGUUGAUGCCAUAACCAGUGGUGAAAUACAACUUGCUGUUGUCCCUGAAUCUCCCGUGCUAGACUUUGACGACGGUCCCGAUCCUUUUGACACCGCCUACGCCGAAAAGGUUAUUGUCGGAGCCGAUAAGGCCAAGGGCAACAAGAAACUUGUUAGCCUAGGGGCUGCUGUAGAAGUUCUCUCGGGGCGUGUUGAACGCGAAAAGGCUUUAGAACUUGCCAAGCCCAAGAGAAAGUUACGCAAGGGCAUUAAAAAUCUCCUACUCAGCGAAUCGGUUGAUCUAGCCGAUGCGGAUGAGGAGGAUUACGUUGCUCCCGAGCCUCAGAUAAAUCUUUUGGAUGAACUUGUGGAUGAUGUGCCAGAUGCGCCCAUCGAUUUAAGCGUUUCCUUGCAUUUGAAUUUUAUACAACCCAAGAAGCCUCCAUCGGACGAGGAAGACGAGGCUGAAGCUGAGCCGGCUUUGCCUGAUCUCUCAGAAUUUGAUACCCUCAAGGAUCCAGAGGACGAUGAAUUUGCUGAAUUAGCUGCAGAGUCAUUGAACAAAAAGGAAGAAGUCACUGUCAUCAAGGAGAUACCGCUGCCUCCAGCUGAGGUCCUAACCGAAUUAGCCGCAGCCGAUUGGGCUGAAUUUGAGCAAUUACCUGAGGAAAAGGAAGCGGGUAAACCCAAACGCCCUCCUCCACCCAACCUAGUGCCUGGGGCUAUUUACAUCAGCGACGAAGAGGAGGAUAAUCAGGACGACGAUCCCUUCAAUACAAAUUACGCCGAAGUUGUUAUCAAGAAAACCACAGUCCUAGAAGAAGACGACGAUUUUGAUCCCAGAGCUGAAGAGAAAGCAGGGCCACCAGCCCGACCUCCUCCACCAGCAGCAGCAGUAAAACUUUUACCCGACACCACUGACUUUGAAUCGGAGGACUUUGAUCCAUUUGAUACCUCGGUAGCUGGUGUUGUCAUAAAAUCUUCAAAAACUACCCUUAAAGAGUCUUUGAGUGAUCCUGACUUUGAUCCCAGGGCUGACGAAGAACCCGUUGUCAAGCCAGCAGCAGUACCUCCACCUCGACCUCCAGCAAUACAAACAAACACCCAAGAAGACUUUGAUCCUGUUAGACGCAAAUCUUCCCUCAGCUUAAGCUUGAAGAACAAAGCCGUGGGCUUUUUGGUGCCCAAUCCCGAUUUACUAGGGGCGGCAGAGGGUGCUGGCAAUAACAAGAAGCCGCUAACUCCCUAUUACGCGCCGGCCGACGCUGCCUUCAGCGAGCAUCAGUCAGAAGAUCCCUUUGACACCUCCUACGUUCCGGAGGCAAAACCCUCAGAAGUUGAGCUAAAACAUUUGGAAAACGACCUCUUGUCAAAGCCCACAUUGAAGCAUAGCAUUUCGGAUCCUGAUUUUGAUCCCAGAGCUCCUCCCACUCCAGUACCUGCUGAGGAUCUGCUGGCUGUGAAAGAAGACAUAGCCAUUAAGGUAUUGACACCGGCUCAAGAGAGCAAGGAUCUAGCUGACGAAUACGUAGAUCCCUUUGACACCUCUAUAGCAGCUAACAUCCAGCCGGGACAGGCCGAGCUAAAGCUUUUGGAAAACGAAUUCCUGCCCCAGAGGCAAUCGAGCACUCCCACGGGAGUUCUUGAUACCCAGAGCGACGCCCAGGAAUUGGGUUUGGGCGACAAGGUGCUGACACCCCAAUUGCCACACAAACAGAUAGUGGUACCACAAGAAAUCGAUCCUUUCGACACCUCCAUUGCUGAGAAUCUACAGCCAGGGGAGACAGAAAUCAAGCUUUUGGAAAACGAACUUAUUGAGAAGUAA